AUGCUUGUGUUGCGAAACGUGAACCCCUCGGGAGUCGGAAAGGAGGGACGAUUUGACAGCUUCUUUGCUGGUCUGCUGGGAGGGUAUGCCGUGUUCGGCCGGAACAAGACGAGUAUUACCCAGCAGAUCGUCAUUUACAUUUUUGCCCGUGUGCUGUUGGCUCUUGCCAAGCUGUCCGUGCAACCGAACAUGCACCCCCUAUCAUCCCUUAUAACCCCCGGUACUCGAGCCGACAUAGAGAAACACGCAUGGCCAGUCUUUGCCAGUGUGAGCUGGGCUAUGGUUAUGUACCUCUUCCGCUGGCACCCGGACGCACUCAUGUCGAGCUUGAAGAGUAGCAUGGUUUACAUCUAUUCCGACUGCGAUCACUGGGAUUCGUUCCGCAACUUCAUGAUCCACAACAAAUAG